GUUCGUUAGAGUGAGAGAGGGACAGAUCUGUGAAGCUAUGAUCUUUCUUUUCACUUUUGUUCGUUGUCUCUCUCUCUGUCUACACGCUUGUGCUGCGUUCUGUGUGCCACUUUCUCUCUCUCUCUUCUCUCUUCGCACCAUAACCUUUUUCAUCUUUACCAUGGAAGAAGCUAAACUUCCAAGUUUUAAUCUUUCCAAGAUAGAAACCACAUCCUAAAAGCUUCCUGUGUCUAAAACGUGCUUUUUAUUUCUUGGCAUUGAUCUAAAUCAACAAUCUAAAUUAAAAAAAACUUUUUUUUUCCAUUUCUCCUGUUUUUUUCUCAACUACUUGAGAAAGAGUUUGUUUACGUCUCUUCAAUCUCUCUUUUCGUGACGUCGCUUAGGAGUUUCAAUGGUGGUGAAGAUGAUGAAGUGGCGGCCAUGGCCACCGUUAGUUACGAGGAAAUACGUGGUGAAGCUAUCCGUGAGGAGAUUAGAAGGGUGGGAUCUGGCGAGGGAGCCGGAGAAGGAGAGAUUGACGGUGGAGAUUCGCUGGAAAGGGCCCAAGGCGACGUUUAUUUAUUGUUUUAAUAGAUUUAGCUUUGCGUUUGUAUCGGAUCGGAUUUUGGAUUAUGGGUAAUCGUAACCAGACGCCAUUAGGGAGAAUUAAACGCCAUUUCAUGUUUCCAAUUCCAAAUGUGGAAUUAGUUAGAAACUUAUUAGAAUCAAAUAAUAUAAGUGGGUUUUCGACGAGUACCAGAGACGUCUCUUAAUUAGAAGGCAGAAGAGACGGGUUUUAUGUGACACGCGUCACACAUUCACGCUUCUUUCUCUCUCUCCUUGCCGGAUCAUCUUCUCUCAUUCUCUCUUGACUCCUCGACGACACCGUCUCUCUCUGGUGAUAUCUUCUCGCCGGUGCUCUCUCCUCAACGGAAUCUCUCGUCGACGGAAUCAGCCGGCGUCUCUCUCGGUGGUAUCGUCGUCUCUAUCGGUAUCCAGAUUUACUUCUCUCUCUGUAUAAACUCCAUAGCUCGUCGUAUUGGGAGUAGAAUAAAUCAAUCGUGAGAACAUGGCAGGAUAUGAUUCUGUUAAAGCUAAGUUUAUUGAAGAGAGUCCUGAUACGCUGAUUAUGACAAGCCCUUAUUUCUUCUCUCAGUUCACUCUUGUUAUAGCCACUCAGCUAGUGGAAGAUUCAAUGGUUAAGCUUGAUAGAAUCUGUAGAGAAGCAAACGUCAAGCUGGUUUUUGUUCGCUCUUACGGUCUUGCUGGGAUUGUUCGUGUGUCAGUAAAGGAGCACACUAUAAUUGACUCAAAGCCUGAUCAUUUUCUUGAUGACCUUCGCUUUUUGUGUUCUCAUGUGUGUUCACGGACUUGUCUUUUGUAAUCCAUGCUUUUGACAGACUUUUGUAUGCUUGUGUAGUCUAGUAGUUGGUGUUGUCGAGUCUAGUUUGUAUUCUCCUUCAUGUUCUCCUUUUGUAUGCUUGUUUAUAAAGUUUGUAUUCUCAUUCAUGUUCUUUAUAAAACAACUUCUUUCUCUCA